CCGCAGUGACGUCUGGUCAUCGAAAGACACCGACCCUGAGGAUCCUCUCGAACAUUUUGGACUUGCCGCUCAAAGACAUAAACAACGGGUCGAUUGUUUCCACACCGCAGGAUCAAACUUGGCAAGUCUUUUUUGUCCUGGAAAACCUCGCAUUGCUCUACAUGACUCGCCCCUUUUGACUCUCUAUCCCGAUCUGCUCGAAAGACUACCCUUACCGCACUUUCUUGCCCCGGGUCCCCUCGCCUCGGGCCGACUGACGACCACCUUCGACGUCCCCGCCGCGCCACCUGCGGAAAUAUCUCGUGAUCUUUCAAUACAAGGCCGUAAGCAAUCGUUUUGCGAAAAGCAUUUGCAACCCUUGGUGUUGCCAACGCUCGACGUCGUCCGUACACAUAUCUAAAGCCACGGCCAACAGCGUUACUGGCUUCGACAAACAUCCCACAACCCUGAGCAUUACUCGCUGCAGCAUUCCGUCAUGGUCGCUUCCGAAUUGUCACAAGCGGCGCGGGCUGAGAAGGCUGAUCCUCAGCCGCCGCAGCUUGCAGCUCAGCAGACAAAUGACGGUCAUGAAUCGGCCCCGCCAUUGGCGAACAGGGUUGGGCAGAGCAAGAGCCCGUACGUGCGAAGCCAUGCGGACGGCCGCGUCGCCUGGCAACUGCUUGACGACGAGUCGAUCGAGAGAGCCAGGAAGGAGAACAAGCUGAUCUUUCUGCACAUUGGCUUCAAGGCCUGCCACUAUUCGCGACUUACAUCCACCGAGUCCUUCACCCACCGCGAAUGCGCCUCGAUCCUGAACGAGUCCUUCAUCCCCGUUAUUAUCGACCGCGAGGAGCGCCCAGAGCUGGACACGAUAUAUAUGAACUACGUGCAGGCUGUGAGCGGAUCAGGCGGCUGGCCCUUGAACCUCUUUCUGACCCCUGAUCUCGAGCCUGUCUUUGGCGGCACCUACUACCCAGCUCCCGGCUCGAACAAUGGAGGUUCUGAUGAUGAGGAGCGUCUGGACUUCCUAGCCAUCUUGCGCAAGCUGCAGAAGGUGUGGAAAGAGCAGGAGCCGCGAUGCAGACAGGAGGCAAAGGAGGUCGUGGUGAAGCUACACGACUUCGCGGCGGAGGGUACUCUAGGAACCGCCACGGUCCAGCCGGGUGUUGCGGGCUCGCAGACCGCUGCCAUUGGAAGAUCAGAGACGGGGCUGGAGCUUCCGGAAUCCGGUAGAGCAGCUGCUGUCGUGUCGAGCGAGCUCGACCUGGACCAGCUGGAAGAGGCUUACACGCACAUCGCCGGCACGUUUGACCCCGUCUACGGCGGUUUCGGCUUGGCCCCCAAGUUCCCGACCCCACCGAAGCUGUCCUUCCUGCUGCGCUUGCCCCGGUACCUCUCCCCUGCUCAGGACGUUGUGGGCGAGACGGAGUGCGCGCACGCUACGGAAAUGGCCCUCUUCACAUUGCGCAAGAUGCGGGACAGCAGUCUGCGCGACCAUGUUGGAGGCUCCGGCUUUGCGCGAUACUCUGUCACUGCAGACUGGAGUGUUCCGCGCUUCGAGAAGCUCGUUGCCCAGAAUGCGCUGCUUCUUGGACUGUACUUGGAUGCAUGGCUCAUUGCAGGUAGCGGCGAGAAGGAUGAGGAGUUUUAUGACGUCGUGGUGGAGUUGGUCGAUUACCUCACCAGCUCCCCCAUCAGCCUGCCCGAAGGUGGUUUCGUUUCUAGCGAAGCUGCAGACUCGUACUACCGACGUGGAGACAGACACAUGCGAGAGGGAGCCUACAAUCUCUGGACACGAAGGGAAUUCGACACAGUCAUUGGGGAUGACCACGAGGCAGCGCUGGCUGCAUCCUACUGGAAUGUGCUUGAGCAUGGCAACGUCGAGCCAGACCAGGAUCCCAACGACGAGUUCAUGAACGAGAAUAUUCUGCGUGUUGUCAAGGAUAUUUCAGAAAUUGGACGCCAGGCUGGUAUUACCACUGAUGAAGUGAAGAGAGUGGUCACUUCAGCGAAACAAAAGCUCAAGGCACACAGAGAAAAAGAGCGCCCAAGACCCGAGGCCGAUACCAAGAUCGUGGUGGGACGCAACGGCCUAGUGAUUUCCUCUCUGACAAGGGCUGCACUGGCUUUGUCGACCGUUGAUGCGUCAAAGAGCCAAGCUGCGAUAGAGGCUGCCAGCAAGGCCGCGGCUUUUAUCCGAUCCAACCUCUGGGAUCAGAGCAACAAGACUCUUUACAGGAUAUAUCACGAGGGCGUGGGUGAGACAAAGGCUCUGGCAGAGGACUAUGCCUAUCUCAUUGAAGGUCUCAUUGGGCUUUACGAGGUGACUGCAGACGAGAAGUGGAUUGAAUUCGCCGACGAGCUUCAGCAGGCCCAAAUCCACAUCUUUUACGACAGCCCGGCUCCGGAAUCCACAACAUCCCGCUCCUCAUGUGGCGCCUUCUACACCACCCCCGAGAACGCGCCCCACACGAUCCUCCGCCUCAAGGACGGCAUGGACACCGCCCUCCCCUCCACAAACGCCGUCUCCGUCUCCAACCUCUUCCGCCUCGGCACCAUGCUCAACAACGACUCCUACGCCGCCACCGCCCGCGAGUCCAUCAACGCCUUCGAGGCCGAGAUUCUGCAGUACCCUUGGCUCUUCCCCGGUCUGCUCUCGGGCGUCGUCACGGCCCGUCUCGGCGGCGUGACGUGGGUCGUCGUCCGCGGUCCCGACGGUGCGCAGGACGAGUUGACGACGAAGCUGCUGAGGAAGCUGAGCGUCGAGGCGAGCGGUGGGCUCAGGAACGUGGUUCUACUCAAGAGCGAGGAGGACGUGUUGGCGCAGAGGAACCCUGCGCUGAAGGCUUUGGUGCAGGCGCAGCGACCUGGGUCGUAUUUGCUGGAGAAUGGCGUUUUCCGCUCCAUCACGCCUGCGGAUGUAGCAUGAGGCACUGGUGAUGUGUCGUUGCCAGCUGGAAAACAAAUGGAAUAGGAAAAAAGAAAAAGGGAGAGUUGUAUGCCGUUUUGGUGGUUUUGCGGGGUUUUAGUGUGACGUGACGUUCUGUCGGAUGACGAUGGUCGGAUAACGGUUGAGGGGAGUUUUCUUCUUUUCUUUUGGUUGGCGUCAGUACCCCAAUCUUUUAGAUAUGCUCAAUCACGAGAUGAUGUUUAUCCAAAACUUGUGUAACUCUGGCAUGGCUUGAGAUGGACCGCAAUUUGGGAUAUGUGAAGUGCGGAAUAACAUGUGAAUCUGGUAGUCACGAAAUUACCUUCCUCUCAUCCAUCCCACACGAAUAGUCAUGAAUAAGUAGACCAUAGAAAUUACAGGAACAGGUAAGUAGUAUGCAUAGG